AUGAGCGACUACCACACCGUGUACCAAACGCCGGACGGCGAGUCCACGGAAUGGGACGACAUCCAGCGCAAGCUGGGCAACCUGCCCGCCAAGCCCAAGAAGCAGAAGCCACCGCCGUUCAGCCCGGCCGAAGAGGAGGCCAAGGGGGCGGAGGGGGUGGACCUGAAAGACGAGGCGGAGCUUUCCGACCUGGAGGACGACGAAGAGUUCAUGGACGACAGGUUCAUGGCGGAGUACAGGAAGAAGAGGAUGGAAGAGCUGCGCAGGCUAUCGGCGAGGCCGAGAUUCGGGUCGGUCAAGGAAAUUCGGUCAGGCGAAUUUGUGGCCGAGGUCACCAACGCGGGGAGCGACAUUUGGGCUGUGGUCCUGCUGUUCAAGCACGGCCAUGAGGCGUGUGAUGCCCUGAGCUCGUGCUUGACGAGACUGGCGGCUCAGUACACGGAAACCAAGUUCAUGAAGAUCGUUUCUACGGACUGCAUUCACGACUACCCCGACCACAACUUGCCGACUGUUUUGAUUUACAACAAUGGGGCCUGCAAGCACACCCUUGUGGGCAUGUCCCAGUUAGGGGGGCAGAGGGCCAGCCCAGAGAGCGUGGCACAGAUUCUUAGCCGUUACGGAGCCUUGUCCACCGGAGGAGGGCCGAAUCGACAAGGCUCAGCAAGCAGACAUGCUGACGAUGACUCUCAGGAUGAGGAUGAUGGGUACUCAGAUUGA